UUUGCUUAAAUUAAAAAUAAUUUCUCAACAUAAAAUUAAUUUUUCAACUUAUAUACCUAUUUUAAUUCUAAAAAUGUCACAAAAAAGUAAUGAAGUAAUAGCUGAUGAUUUGGACAUGCAGAAUAAGGAACGGAAAGAACAUUUCUUAUUGUUAGAAGAAAAGAAAGAAGCAACAGUUGAGCAACAAAUUGAAGAAGAAGGUGAUAAUAAACCUUUAAAAGAAACAAAAGAAGAAGAAAAGGAUUGUAAAGUUAUUAUUGUUGAACAAUCUUCGACAGAAAAUCUUUCAUCUUCUAAUAAUUCGUUAACAACUCUUUCUCUUAAAGAAGAGGAAAAACCUAAAGCUUCGAAUUCUUCAGGCUCUUUCUUCAAGAAAAAAUUAACGUUUUCAAUUUCUGAUAAUUCUACUACUCCAACAAAUUUAGUAGCAACAGCAGCUUCUGCAACAGAAAAAAAUAGCCAACAAAAACAAAAUAAUAAUAAUAUUAAAAAUAGUGCCGCAAUGAAAUUUAGAUCUUUGGCUUUGUCUUUACGUGUUUUUCAUUUACGUAAACAACAUCAACAAGUUAAGGCUAGUGCAAGUCAGGAGGUGGGCGAGAAAUUUUUUGUUUUUAGAAUUCUCAUGGAUUCUAAAAUAUAUACUGUAUUUAUUCUAUCAGAAGCCUUAAUAAAUACCCACUUUCUAAUAGACGCUCGUUCUAAUAGACACCCACUCUCCAAUAGAAGUCCAUUCCCUUAUAAAAAUCCACCCUCUAAUAGAAACUGA